GAAAUAACAGUCACUCUGGGUAGCAGAGCAGAUAAAACGUUCUGCAUUUUUGUACUCCAACCGCCUACCACUAACACAGACUAGAACUACAUCGGAGCUUAGUAGUCCUUCCGUUUACCAGUGAAGUCAGAUUAUUCGAACAUCGAUCGCAAACAGUGCUUGAACUUCAUCGCGACUGGUUCUCGAGUCCGAUCGUAGUCGGCCAGCGUUCAUCGAUAAUCAUCAAUCAAGACCCAAGAACUGAUCUGUGUGAGUUCAGCAGCUAGUUCUGCCCUGUGACUUUGCUUACUGUGUGAUUUGUGCCGUUUAGUCCGUAACGGAAUCGGGAAAUUGUUUUCUGUUUUGCGGGAUUCUCCUCUCUUGAUCCACUUUUCUCACUUUGGAAUUCUUCAGUCUGAUCUGCUGCGAUUUCAUUCUCAUUAGCAGUCGGAAAGCCUCAACAAAAGCCGCCACUUAUUAAAGCUAGAGGAGGGUGAUCGCGGCCACGAGAUGACCGCGUCCCUGGACAACCCGCCAAACUCAGACGGGAAAGGCAAUGACGAGAACGCUUACACAGUGUCAGUGACAGGAGCAUACGAAAAUCAGGGUUUCAAAAGGGACGACACGAAUGGCGAUCCCAUAAAAUUCCCGAAUCGCAAGCUCACUGCCGAAGAAAUCUCCCAAGGCAAAUUCCAAGUGUCCACCCAAGAAAAAUGGAGAAUAUUGAAGAACGUUUCAGCCCUUUCGUGUGCCUUCAUGAUUCAUUUCACAGCGUUCCAAGGAACGGCGAACUUACAGAGCAGUAUUAACGCUGAGGGUGGACUCGGUACAGUGUCUUUGUGUGCCGUUUAUGCCGCGUUGGUUUUGAGUUGUAUAUUUGUUCCUACAUUCUUAAUCAAACGGUUAACGGUUAAAUGGACCUUGUGUUGUUCGAUGUUAACCUACGCCUGCUACAUCGGUGCUCAGUUCUAUCCGGAGUUCUACACACUCGUGCCAGCUGGUAUCCUCUUAGGUAUUGGUGCUGCACCUAUGUGGGCAUCAAAAGCAACCUAUCUUACUCAGGUCGCUGGAGUGUACGCCAAACUCACAGAUCAGGCAGUGGAUGGAAUUAUCGUACGAUUCUUUGGAUUCUUCUUCCUUGCUUGGCAAACUGCCGAGCUCUGGGGAAAUCUCAUUUCAUCAUUAGUUUUGAGUAGCAGUCCACAUGGUGGUGCUGGUGGCUCCUCACAGAAUGUCUCAACAGUUAACUAUUGCGGUGCUGAAUUUUGUGUGGUGAACAGUGACAAAAAUGGUAAUUUACAACGACCACCUGAUUCAGAAAUUUAUGAAAUAAUGACGAUAUACUUGGUUUGUAUAUUAGGAGCAGUUAUUUUGAUAGCUUUGGUUGUGGAUCCAUUGUCUAGGUAUGGUGAACGACAGCGAAGGCCCAGUACCGUUGAAUUGAGCGGCAUUCAAUUACUCUCCGCAACCGCUAACCAACUGAAGAAACCAUACCAACAACUGCUUAUACCGAUAACUAUCUUUAUCGGUAUGGAGCAAGCGUUCAUUGGUGCAGAUUUCACACAGGCCUACGUCUCUUGUGCCUUGGGUAUUCCUUCGGUAGGUUAUGUCAUGAUCUGUUUCGGUGUAGUCAAUGCAUUAUGCAGUUUGCUCUUCGGAUCCGUCAUGAAAUACGUUGGUAGGGCACCCAUCAUUGGACUUGGUUUUCUUGUACAUAGUGGACUGGUGGUUUGGUUCCUCAUUUGGAAGCCGAAUAUCAACAAUUCGAAACUUUUUUACAUGGCCUCAGGCUUAUGGGGAGUUGGGGAUGCCGUGUGGCAAACACAAGUUAACGGUUUGUAUGGUACCCUGUUCAGGAGAAACAAAGAAGCAGCCUUCUCGAACUACAGAUUAUGGGAAAGUGUGGGCUUCGUCAUCGCUUACGCAUAUUCGACACAUCUUUGUGCAAAAAUGAAACUUUACGCACUCUUUGGUGUACUCUGGAUUGGUAUGGUAAUGUACACGAUGGUGGAAUUCCACCAUAUGCGCAAGAUACGCAGACAGAAGGAGAAAGAGAAGAAGGCUGCAGCUAUUGAGGCAGCUACCAAGCAAGUGGUUCAACAUGAACCGGAAGAAACUGACGAUGAAAAAGACGAUAUCGACGACGAUAUUAUUGUUACGCACUUGUAAAUAGGAUCUCACAAUAAAAUCUGAGGAAUAUCAGCACGUACAAAACCUCCAAUGGUGGUGAAUUAUCAUGGACAGUAUUGGCCGGGCUCUUUCGAAGCAAGAAUGAAAUUGUACAUAAAUAUUUCUGCGUUUUCUUUCAUUGUCAUUAUUGUAAGGAAGAUAUAAUACGUAUUUAUGAAUCCUAUUUAAUAUUAUCUCGAAUGAUAACCACAGAUCUGUUAAUCGAAAAUUCCAGUAGAUUUAAUAAUAGCGACGAAUAAGAGCAAGAAUUAGGUAAUGCCAGAAAGCCAAAAUAUGUAGAAAUGAAUUACUUAGUUAUACUUGAAGAUGUUUGAGGAUCGAAAUCACCAAAUUAUAAUAAAAUUCUUAAAUUUAGUUUUUGAGCUGUAUUAUGAUUCCUUUCGUAUCGCAACUUCUAGUUGUGUUCUGGAAAAACAAUUUUUGCAAAAUUGUAUUUUUCAGAAACCUGCUAUAUAUAGAUAUGGAGAUUUGGCAGGAUGUCUGGCUUCGACUGUGACUAAUAAUUUAGUUGCAUUUUUAUUAUUAAAAAUAAUAAUAUAAAUCCUUAAACUGUAGGUUUAUAAGGUCAUCAUAAACAAUCAAAUGUGAUAUACUUUUUAUUGAAUAGAUUAAUAUUCCCUGAUCUUCUUAAUUUUGCCCUAGUUUUUCAUAAACUCGCUUGAAUUGACUUUUUUACUUAUCCUUUACAAGUAUUCAGCUUCCACGAAACAUAUGAAAAUGUCAAUUGAAUCUAGAUUAAUUGUUCUUAUGUUCUUUCCAAAAUGUGCCAUCACUACAGAACCAAACAUAUAGUGAGGAGCAAUUGUUUAUGAAUAAACUGUGCAAGUAAUGAUAUAACCAAAUUGCUGUUAAUGAGUUGAAACAUUCAAGUAUAUGAAAUGUAAGCAUAUCAGCAGGAUCUUUAUUGAGAGAGUGAAGUGGCUCAAUGAUGAAAUUUGUCAUGUAGUAUCGUUGAACGUUAUGAAUUCACUUUUGUUUUUAUUAGUUAAUUUAUAUUAUUUUACUCAUAUGAUAAUUUCUAUGAAACACUGUGUACAGUAAAAAUUAAUUGUAAUUAUUAUAUAAGUGAAUUAGUAGUAUAAUAGAUAGAUUUGUAAUGAAUUUACCCAGUAUUAGUUUGGUAAUACUGUAGAAAUAAAAGAUUUCAACCAAA